AUAAAUAUAUAAACAUCGUCUUCCUAAAUCACAAUCAGUUUACAUACAAGUAACACCACAAGCAGUUGUUAAUAAUCGUUUUUGUUAUUACAGUGUUUUUCUGUGUUUUAAAACUUUUAUUACUAAAUUUUUUUUGCAUAGUACUCGAAACUAAUUUCAAUCGUGUCGCCUAAAAUAUUUACUAUUAAAUUCCGAACCAAAUGGCUGAUCCUGAACCUUUAAAGUUUUCCGCAAGUUUGAAUUGCUGCUCGCCUUGCCCGAAAAUCCAAGGAUCCAAGGAAGCUACUUUCGCGUUUUUGAAAUAUCCUCAAUUUCCUGUUGUACAGAUGCUGAUGAAAGAACUAAAUUUGUGUGCACACGAUCACAGUUUCGUACCUCCAUGGUAGCCAAUCGAAACUGUGUUUUUUAAAAGAGUUGAAAGGAAUAGAUUUCGCACGGAAGUUGUGGGGAAUCUGAAAAUAUGAAAAGAAGAUAAAGUUGUUUAUACCCUAAUAGGGUUAAUCUACCUGCUUAUAUAAAAAGACUAUUUUAUUAGUUAAAUAAGUGUUAGGUUUUUAAGGUUUUUUAAUAAUUAUUCUCUACAAUGCCUGUGUUAACUUUGCAGAGGUCAUAUAAAUACAUCAUGUACGCUACCAAGCAGCCUUCUCUGAGGAUCAAGCAAGCUGAUCUGAAAUGCAAGAGUGGGUGUGGAUUUUAUGGAAACGCUGAUUGGGAAGGUUACUGCUCCCAAUGCUACAGAAACCAUAUGGACGUGGAAAGGCAAAAAAAGUCCCACAACAGUCAAAUGCCGGAUCAGUCGAGGGCGCAAAUGUCGGGAUUUACAAAAUUCGAAGAAAAGAAAAGGCAGCAAACUGAUAAGAAAAAUAAAUAUUUGAAAAGUUUACCGGUUUUCAGAAAAUCGUCCAAUGUUAAAGAUUCUGGAAGACCAGAAAAAUACAUCGAUAUUAUGAGGCAAGCUAACCCGGAUGCCAAUAAACUGAUGGUAGAGUUCAUCACCCAGUACAGUCAAUACGGCGAUAUAGUCAAAAAAGACUUCUUUAAAUGUAGUCAGGCAUUUUCAAAUAAAGUGAUUAACGAAUUGGAAGUCAAACCCAUUGAAGAUUUGGCGGAAACCGCGCAAAAUUAUUAUAAUCUUUAUCAGAAUCGAGUAAAUUCAAAUUCCAUAUAUGAAGAUGUUCCGAGCGAAAUUCGAGAGAAAUUGGUGGAGUUCUUCGAGAAAUAUACGAUGAUCAUUUUGUACAGCUUCCUCUUCUGCCCGCCCACCACAAACGACGAAGAAAAAGAUCUCGCCAUACAAAACAGAAUACGUAAACUGAGUUGGGUGAACGCCCACCACUUGGACUGUUGCAUAAGCGAAACGAGCAUCGAAGUGCGCGAUUUGGUGUACACGGCCAUAAACGACCUUUUGGGCAUGGAUUCCAUGAAAGCGCCUCUGGAAAAACUCGCCUGCGUUGUUAAAUGUUGUCGCAGCGUCGUGGAAGUUUUGCAGCAUUGCCAAGGCGGUCCCGUGAGCGCCGAUGAGUUCUUGCCCGCGCUGAUUUUUGUCGUUUUGAAAGCGAAUCCCGCAAGAUUGAAGAGCAAUAUACUGUAUGUGACUAGAUUUUGUAAAGAUUCUAGAUUGAUGCAAGGCGAAGCUGGAUACUAUUUUACGAAUUUGUGCUGCGCUGUUUCGUUCAUCGAAAACCUCACGGCAGAAUCCUUAAAUAAUAUGCCCGAACAAGAGUUCGAAGCCUACAUGUCCGGCGAACUGACGUGCGUCAGCGCUUGGGAGUCCGCGUUGGUAGCGUGCGAGGGGAUGCACCAGUUGUGCGAACACCUCGCUUUCCUUAAGGAACUCUCCGAGCGCACGCAAAUCGUUCAAAAUACCACUCAGAGCUUAAGGGACGAUAUGCAAAAAUUAAAGGAAGGAAUUUGCGACAGCGUCGAAUCGGUUUUAGAAAGAACCCCUCUAAUAAUAAAACCAAGAAUAAAUCCUCUAACGCUAACAAAAGAACAACUUUUCACUCAAACAACUCAAUACGGUCCACAAAUCGAAACAACAAACGAAGUUAACACUUGUACAGACACAGAUAUUGGUCAAAAUUACUAUUUGCAAAAUUUAUCACUCACUCAAAUCAACGCUUUAGACAGCACGAAGAAUAAACUCCAAUUGGAUAUAACACCAUGUAUAACAUUACCAGAAAUAUCGAAAGCUUUGAAUUCCAACGAUUUUUUAUCAUCUUCAUCAGCGGUUGAUAAUAAGAGUAUAGAAAGUAUAACUCCGGACGAUAACAGCUAUUUGGGGUUGUCGAAAGUUAAUUAUGACAUCGAUUUUUCGGAUUUGAGUACGGAAAACAGCGUAGCCGAAGAUUUGACUCCGGAGAAAAGGAAAUCACCAACUCCGAGCUUUGUAAUUGGAGAUCCGUUCAGUCCGAUCGGUGGGUCUUGUCCUAUAGCGCAGACGCCGCUUGUUCCUAGUUCCGUUUUUCCUCAAAUCGAGUCGAAGAAUGAUGGAUUUGUUUUGCCGUUUUUGGAUGAUACCGAGGAGAAUGUCGAAGAUAGUUUGUUGGAUAAAGUUGAAGUGGCACCUUCUGCGAGUUUACCGGCUCCGCUUGUACCGACUUCGUCGGAGUACAGCGGGUUUUCUAAGCAAGGUUCGCGGAUACCGAAUAUUCCUUGCAGUACUGGGGAUUUUAGUUCGUUGAAUUUUGCUGGGAAUUCAAAUAUGUAAGUUAGACUGAGAUGGUUUUUGUUGUAUUUUGAAAAUGUUUUUAUUUACUUGUGAUUAUAGUUUUAAAGAGAAUAAAAUUUUGUUUUUCCCACUAAU